UUUUUUUUUUUUUUGGUUUUUUUUUCUUUCCUUUAUUUUCCCCUCACUAGCUUCGUGCGACACCACCAUCCUCAAGACAACAGCGCCCCACGACAACGCUUCCAACUUCGUGCGACAACAGCGUCCUCUCCGACGCAAGUCCUGAGUUGAUUUCAGAGGAACAAGAACAAUCGGCGUCGACACCCGAACCAAAACCCCACCUCGCCGUCGUCUGCCGCAAUGAAGCAAUCGGCGUCGACACUCCGAACGCCGAUGAAAUUUGAGAUCAGAAUGAAUUCCAAAGAGAGCUACCGAGUGGAGCUUCGAUCCGCCGCCCGCCAUCUCAGUGAUCGCGGCCUCUACUGUGCCGCCAAAUGGGCUUUGGAACUCCUCGUAGAUCUGAACGUUCUCCCUUCGGCAUCCCCGUCAGCUGUCUCCGCCCGUGCCAGUGCUGGCCCCUCUACCUCCGCAGCCAGCGGCUUCGGCUCCUUCUCCCACCUGCACCCUGAUGCCUCCUGUCGCCGCUGCGUCCGCUCUGACUCUUCAGCUCCCGCGUCAGCCGAGGCCGCUGUCACGCCCCAAGGCGGCGUAUCUUAUGUCAGCACGCCUCUACCUGCCGAUGAUGGGUUCGACGGCGGAAGCAAUGAUCGCUACCACCUGGCCAAGUCAUACUUUGACUGCCGCGAGUACCGGCAGGACGUCUACGUUCUCGAAAAUCAAACUGGGAAGAAGGCCGUUUUCUUCCGCUGCUAUCCCUCUACUUGGUACGCUUUGCUCUGACUGCCCUCCCACUAUUUACUGAGCUCGUUUGGUAUUUGCAGCGUCCUCUUCGUGCGACAACAGUUGCAAUUUGUUCCUCAUGUUGUUUGAUGAAAUGCAUCCACCAUGGUACUCCCAAUAUUGAUCAUGAUGCAAAUCCUGAGUUGAUUUCAGAGUACAAAAUUUACGGCUUGCCAUCACUCGUAAUCUUCAAAAAUGGUCAAGAGGUUCCAGAAAGUCAAAGAGAGGGUGCAAUCACCAAAGUUAAGCUGAAAGAGUACUUGGACAAUUUUUUGGAAUCCACAUCUGUAACCUAACCUCGUCUCAGCUCAUUUUGAUGUAGACUAUCGUUAAUUCAUGAUGAAUCAGAAUCUAUA